AUGCGUUGGGCAAUUCCAUCCUCACUCCUCGUCGCCGGCGCACACGCGCAUGGUGUCAUACUGAUGACCAAAGGGGCGAAUGGCGUCAACGCUCCUGGUUCUUGUGUCCUCGACGAUACCCCGCGUGACUGCAUUGUGAAUUCGUGUGGUGCCCAAGCGGACACUGGCAUUAUUCGUGAUGCCGAAAUAAACCGUGGCGAGUAUGGCCCGCUCGGCUGGACGCAAGGCGGAGGUAACUGCAAGCCCGAUGCGGUCAUCGGCCAAUACAUGGGCCUCAGCACCGCGCCCAAGUAUACCGGAGGUAGGACAUUUACCGGCAAGUUGGAUCCGAUUGAGGAAGAGGGUAAGAAACAGCGCCGCGCUGAUCAUGACCUCCAUCUCGAUGCCUUGUUCAGCAAGAGAGCCAGCCCUAGCUUCAAUCCUUUUGCUCUUCCAAUCAUUGGAUUCCUCGGUUUGGGAGGGAACAGGACUGCCUACUUUCAGGAAACCAUCGUCAGUGAUUACGCCGGUAAGGGCAAGGACAAUGGACUUCCAACAACCGACGACGAUAACACUAUUUCUUGCGUGUACCGCCAGAUCAAUGAGGAUGGACCAGGCCCCUUGUCCGCAGCCGUUGACUCCACGUCUGCCGCCACUGAUCGCAACGCAUUCAAAGAUGCGAAGGUCGUGCAGAAUGUCCCAGGCGAUGGAUUUGUCGGGUUAUCGCUAGCGACAAACACAAACUUUCCAGUCAAAGUUCAGCUGCCAGAGGGCACAGUGUGUGAAGGAAAGGUGGCCGGCCUAGACAACGUUUGCUUCGUCCGAUUGCGCAACAAUGCAUUUGCAGGCCCUUUUGGCGGCGCUGGCUUCUUCACGCAGAGCGACAAGGCAAAGAAACGUGCUCUUGAAUAUCGCCGGAGAAAGCGCGCCGAGGCAAGCGACAUGGAAACGGCUCGGGAGUCUUGA